ACUCAGAUGGAGAUGUACUCUGGAUAGAACUGCGCUCCUUUUCCCGCUAGCACUAAAUUGCCUUUUGCGCAUCGAAACAUCGCAUUAUAAACCAAACCUCUUGUUGCAUCCCGUGCGCGUUUGCUUUUUCUCCUCAUUUAGCUGUGCAUAUUUAUUUAUUAAGAUGAAGGCCAGCGCACCGGUUCGCCCUCACAAGGUUUCUUCAAGCUGCAGUGAGCUCUCCUUGCGUUAUUUGUCGGAGCGCAGCCGAUGCAAAAUGGAAGAGGAGGAUCUUUUUUGUCUGCAAUACGACAUGAACGACUGCUACAGCCGACUCAAGCGCCUGGUGCCCACUAUUCCGCAGGAUAAGAAAGUCAGUAAAGUGGAGAUCCUCCAGCAUGUCAUUGACUACAUCCUGGACCUGCAGCUGGCGUUGGAGACGCACCCGGCUCUCAUGAAACAGACGAGCCCACCCGCCUCCACACGGACCCCUCUCACACAAAUCAACACAGAGCAGAGGAUGACGGGUGUCAAUAAACAGGAAGACUCAAUUUUGUGUCGCUGAGAUGUUGCACACUGGUGUGCACUGAACCCAUCCAAAGCCAAGCCCAACUUCACCAGGGAAUCCAACACACACCAGGCCCAAUCACAAGGGAGGGGACAGCAAAGCAGCACUGAAACUAAUAGCUACUAAAUUAUAAUAUGUAAACAUUUUAACGACAGCUGUCAAACAUGUGGUGAAGCCAGCCAGAUUUCUCCUGUGCCCAUUUUGUUCUCUUUCAGUGGCGGAAAUGCCCCCCCCCAAUUGGCCCUUCAGCCCCCUUUCUCAGUUUGAACACUAUUUAAAUACACCCCCGGAAAAACUUACAUCUAAUUGUACUAAAAACAUCAGUCUGUAAAGCUUUAUAAAUAAAGUUUGAAAAUGUAAACAUGGGACAUCUAUUGUUUAAAAUAGGUGAUUUGUGUUAAACAGGGAUUUCCCUGCAAUUACGCUGUUUAAUAUUGUAAAGAACAACAAUAACUGUUGACAAAUACUACUGUAUAUAUGAAGGAGGAUGUUCUAUAAAUGUUUGUGUAUGAGAAUAUCUAUACUGUAUGUUCAACCAGCUGAUUGUAAUUAUUUUUUAUCAAAAGGUGUUUCGUUCUGUAAAUAUUGUGUUUUCACAUAAGUGUAGUGAAAGAUUACAUGAUGUUCUGCUAAUAAAGGUCACACAUCAUAAACUAAUUUAUUUUGUGCUCGGUUUUUUUGUCCAUUAAAUUAGCCACAUGUCGAAGAUUGUGUGUGCACAAUUGCUUAAAAAGUACUUCACUGUUGUUGUUCUAUAUGUACUGUAGACUUGCACCGCUGCUUUGUUAAAGGUGUGGAGUAUCACGUUGUUAUCUGUUGAAUAAAUUAUCCGAAAAAAAUAAAUGAGUGCAUUCUUCACUAAACAAUCGCUCAAGGAUGAGAGAGAGGAAAGCGUUUGUUUGCAGGAAACCUCUGCAUCUUCCAAACAAAUAACACAACAGCCCUGUCCUGAAUGCUAUAGACCAUUAACAUAAGUAAAAUUUAUGACAGAAAGUACAGUGACAAAUCCUUCUUCAGGAAUAGACGCUGACUUGUGAAGGUUGAAGGGGAAGGUCAUUACAUGCUUGUGUAUGCGGUGAUUUCAAGAAACAGAGAAUAUUGUAUUUCCAUUAGGUAAAUAUCUAAAAUCUCAUAACACUGCCAUAUGUAUGAUCUUGGAGACAAUUUAAUUUUCAAAUCAAAAUGUUCAUAUACAAUUGUGAUUUUUUUCCUACAGCAUUCCAGGACUUAAUCAAACCUUGAGAGAUUUCAACAGAUCUAAUUUAAAAUGGCAAAUUUGUUAAUAUUUUUAAAUUCAGUAUGUCGGUUUCUUAACAGGUCAUUUAAAAGCAUAACUUUCUAUGAUUGUAUUUAUUCAAUAACCACUGUGCACCAAAAUGUGUUUGCUAUCUCUAGUGUUUGAGAGACUAAAAUAAAU